AGGAAGACGGUCAGCCUCACCCAGAGUCUUCUAGGCCCUGAGGUUCUGGCCUUACCUCUGGGGCUGAGGUCGAAGGAGUGCGCCUGCCAGGAUGAGGUAAAAAAGGAAGAGACUGAGCCCAGCCCUGGGGUACAGAGCCCCCAGCAUGGCGAGAACCAUCUCCUGUAUACAGUCCCUACUGUGGCUUCUGCCUGCCCCUCCCCCAGCAGGACGGAACUUGGUGCCAAUUCUCAGGGCCACCUCACAAAGGACAUUAGUUCCAGGGCUCAGCGCCAGUACUACCUCUCUUCCUGGAGAAGACUGUUUCUCAAGACAGGGUUUCUCUGUGUCAACAGUCCUAGCUGUCCUGGGACUUGCUCUGUAGACCAGGAUGGCCUUGAACUCACUGGGGUCUGUCUACCUCUGCCUCCCAGAGUGCUAGGAUUGGAGACAGGGUUUCUCAGCCUUGGCCAUCCUGGAACCCACUUUGUAGACCAGGCUGGCUGUGAACUCAGAGAUCUGUCUGCCUCCACCUCUGCCUCUCAAGUGCUGGGAUCAAAGAUGUGUCUACCACCGCCAGGCCAGACUCUUGUCCCAUACAACUGCUUCAGUAUUGCAGCCCUGCCAGGAUACCUCCCGUCCUCAGUUCUAGGGACCUGGAAUCCCAUAUGCUCACUCUUGACUCCUGGACGCCACCAUAUUCCUCCCUACCCACAGUCCCCAUGGUCUGCUGCGUCAUUCAUCCCCUGCCCCACUACCUUGAUUGAGCCUCUCCCACAUCCCCGCAGACGUUCCCCACCCUUUCAUCUCUGCCCACCAGACUGUUCCCUGGGCCUCAUACCAUCCAUUCCUCAUGUCCCUGCUGCAUGGCACUUGAGGGUUGUGCUCCAAGACCCUGCCCCAGCUGCAGGCAGGAAACUGAAGUUCUGGGUGAGGGGUGUGGCCUGGUGGGUAGUCUCUAUCCAGCUCCAACCUGACAAAACCGCUACUGGAUUUGCGUUUCACAAGCUGCUGGAAGGUUUCCUUCUUUGCCAUCACUGCCAGAGGCAACACCACCUCCAUCUUCACGAUCUCAGUGUAGUGUGUACAGGGAUGUACCUGGUAGUUAGGGCCUGCAAGGCAGGGACCAUGUGCUGUAUGGCGCCAGAGUCUGCUAGUGUAGGUACUCAGGAUGCUUGUGAGGCUGUGCAGAGGGUUAGUUUUGGAGUCCACAAGUUGAUGGGCUGCCCUUUCUACUGCUCCCGCACAGAGCCCAGGGCUGUGUUUCUCAGCAUCACACGGCAAGCAUGUCCACUUGAGCUGGGCUAUGAGAGCACAGUGGAGGAGGAGCCUGAAGGAGAGGUGCAGUGUUCUCCAAAGUCAAGAGACCUGCUAGGAAGGACAGGAACAAGGGGCCAGUGAGAAAGAAGCAUCUAGUCACGCAGUUGAGGCAAAUCAUGACCCAUGCCGGAGGAGGCUAAGUCAGUCUGCUAUGCCAAGAUGAAGCUGCCCCGGACCUGAAGGAGGCUCCCUGCCCAC